UUUUGCAUUCGGCGCACACGGAUCGACGCGAGUUAACACAAAAAGAAACUGAAAACAGAAACAGCGAAUAAAAGCAACGAAAUAACAAAGAAUUUCAUGUUAAUCAAUGUUAAUUUAUACAUUUGUAAGAAACGUUACUGUAAUAAAAUCACAGCAAUUUAGUAUACGCCAUGGAUGCGGAUUUUGUUAACAAAUACAAUCAAGUGCUGCAUCGCCUGAAGCUUGUCGAGAAUUUCGAUGGCAGCGAUCCCGGCAAGCUGCCGCAAUUUCUGCAGAAAAUCGAAGCGCUCAUACCGGCCAUAAAUAGCUUCGAUGACUACUACAAGGCGCAGCUCAUAGGACACAUCAAAAACAAGUGCACAGAUCGCGCCAGGGACGUGGUUUUUACACGUCAGCUAAGCGCUCCGGCGGCAGCCAAUGGUCCUGCGCUGGGCAAUGGCAAGGCGCUGCUCAAAGCAGAGUCCUGGCACAAAGUGCGCGAGCAGCUGCUGCAUAAUUUUGCGGAGCGCGAGUCGAGCUAUGCUCUGAUACACAAGAUUAGAAGCGCCGUCUUGGACUCGAAUAUAGAGCUGUACUAUCAGAAGAUGGCCAAGCUCAAGCAGCGUCUGCUCAAUCGCAAGCUCACACACAAUGACACUUUAUACUCCUUGGAGGACAUUGAGCGCAUUACAUUGCAAGUGUUCAGAGAUCAUUUGCCCGAGCCCACACAUUCCAUGAUCCUGCGACGCAAUCCCAAGAGCAUGGAGGAAGCCUAUCGCUACAUAGUCGAGGUGCAGCAGCAGUUCUAUACGCAGAGCGGUCCGCUGGCGCACGAGCAAGGCGCCACCUUUAGCACCAGUCACAAGCAGCUCUAUGGCGUUGGCACUGGCGUGGGCAUGGGUCUGGGCAUUGCCUCUGUCGGCUUGGCUAGUACAGGCUUUAGCUACAAUCGCCAGCUGUCCGAGAAGACGGCGCUGUACAAUCAGCAGCAGCAACAGAAGAGUUACUACAAGCAGGCAGCGCCUGCUGUGGGCGCUGGCAAAACUAAUCCCAUGUUCAAGAGCGUUGGCAAUCCCAGCUUCAAGUCCAGCUUCAGCUACAACGGCAGCAGCAGCAGCAGCAUGGGCGCCGGCUACAACAACAGCAAGCUGGACAAGAACAAGACAAAGGAUGCCAAAGGAUUUCAGCUGGGUGGCAAGACUGUCAAAGCGGCUAACAGCGGCAGCAGCUGGCGUAAGUGAAUGGGUGGGUGACUGUGUGGGUGGAGUGUAUAAAGCAGGGCAUGUUACUUAAUAUUGCAACAAAUUGCUGCUCACCUACACUUUUGCUAUUAAUUUAAUACCUAUGGUCAAAGAUUUUAAAUUAAUACGCAAAAGAUUAAAUAGAACUGCUAUAGUUGAUAAAAAAUAUUAAUUUGUUGCUAUCGGUUGCUACUUUUUUAC